AUGAAUUCUCUCCUCUUUUUUUCCAAUGCGAAUUAUUCAUUCAUGAGGAGAUUACGUUUUGUUGUUGAUGGCGCUCCAUUUCAGGUCUCGUCGUCGCGUUCGGACAGCGAUUCAACCGUCUCGCCGACUUCAGCGCCACGUCUCAAUGUCAUUGUAAAGAAUCAUUCAAAGAGGAAAAAAGAAUUGGUAAAGGACAGUGCGUACUGGGAACGCCGAAGAAAGAACAAUGAUGCAGCGAAAAAGAGCCGAGAUAGUAGACGCCAGAAAGAGGACGAUAUGGCUUGUCGUGCGGCCUCACUUGAACGAGAGAACAUGAAGUUACGUGCGGAAUUGGAACAAUUGAAAAACGAGACUGGUCAUCUUCGAGCUUUAAUGUUGGCGCCAGUCAAGGUAGACAUAUUCGCCCCACUCACUCUCCACCACCAACUCGGACCCUCAUCACUUCAUUCAAAUAUGUCAAUGAUCGCAGCGCCGUCAGUGAUUACGACCACAGACUUUUGCGGCAGUCUACCGCACCUACCGUAUACCGCUGGUCCUCAAAGGAAUACUGUACUCGUGAACAAUAUCAAGACUUAA